UGUGGCUGUAAUAAUCAAAACUGCUUCUCCUGUAGUUUUUAAAAUAUUAUAAGCUAUGAAAGUUUCGAUUUUUGUUCUGUUUUGGGUCACGAUUGUUGACGCAUCAAAUGAGGACGAGAGAUUGCCGAAUAAAUGUGAAGUGUGUAAGUUCCUGACAGUAGAGCUUCAGGAGGCUCUGGAGAAGACUGGACGUUCCAAAGAGGUCUUGGAGCUAGGAGAGGUGCUGGACACUGGGAAACGGAGGAGGAAAAUUAAAUACAACACAUCUGAAACUCGGUUGACAGAGGCCGUUGACAACAUAUGUGAGCGUAUCCUGCAGUAUAAUGUUCAUGCAGAGCGACCAGGGAGCCUUCGAUAUGCAAAGGGUGCCAGUCAAACUAUGACCACCUUGAAAAACCUUGUCCACAAAGGAGUAAAGGUCGACCUGGGCAUGCCUUUUGAACUGUGGGACGAGCCAUCUGUAGAAGUGUCGGACAUGAAGAAACAGUGUGAGACGAUGCUGGAGGAGUAUGAAGAGGUCGUGGAGGAUUGGUACUUUCAUCAUCAGGACGAAAGACUGGAAAACUUUCUCUGUUUGAACCAUGUGCUCAAAACAUCAGACCAGGAAUGUAUCAAGGAGGUGUGGAAGGGGGACAUGAGGGCCAAAGGAGACAAAGACACAACUGAGAAUGACAAAAGCAAGACUGAAAAUACCCAUGAUGCAUCUGAGCUUUGAGGGGAAAAACUGAAACCUGAGACGACACUACACACCCAAACUGAACUAAUGACAUAUCUUCUGGCAAACACUAUAUUUUUAUAUGGGGUCAUGUUUAUAAAGGGAUUUAAGACUUAUAUGGUUGUUUGAUGCACUCCAAAGCGACACAGUAUUUCUGCAAUAUGCCAUAUUGUUUUCAAACUCAGCCAUUUUAGAAGUGUACAUUUGUUUACAUAAUGAAAGACUGGUACUGUUACUACCACCAAGGAUGCACUUUUUAAACAUGUGGUAUUUUUGAUAUCAUGUUUUACAGAUGUUGCCAUGACCUAUUGUAGUACUUGAUGCUCAUGGUGUUUUUAGUGUGAAGUAGCGUCAUACAUUUUCAACUAAGCAAUAUUUAAAUAUUUGUACAAA